AAUAAAAUUUCCCUAAUACUAUCUGUCCUUAAGAUCUUCCAUAAUUCCUCCUCCAACAAUUGGUUUUUGUCCCCUCUCACCAUCCUCAUCUUUCUCUCUCUCUCCCCCAAACCCUAAUUUCAACUCGUCGUAUCUUUUUCUCUGAUUUCUCAAAAGAACAGAUGUACAAGGAGGGUUUGGUGUUGGAUUGAAUUGUGAGAGGAUGCUGUUCUUGCUGUUUUUGUAGCAUGAAUGCAGUUGUGGCAGUUGUUUUAUUAUGUGGAAAAUCAAUGUUUUGGGUCCUUAGAGAUUGUUGAAAGAGAGGCAAAUUCACAUGGAUGCCGACGAAUGCAAUACGAAUCACUUAGAUGCUGAUGUUCGUCUUCCCCCUCGAAAGCGGCUACUAGCUGGGUUAAAAAAGCAGAGCUGUUCAGAGAGCACCUCCCAAUGCUCGCAAGAGAAUAAUAAUAAUCCAAGUCUUAGUCCUAGUCCAAGUCCAGGCCCAUCAUUUAGUGCAAGUCCUUUGAGCGAGUUUGAUGUCCGUCUCAAUAAUCUGUUGAGAUCUUACAAGAAUGGAUCUAACAUGUCCCCUGAGGAGAUAGCGCAGGCUGCAGGAUCAGCUGCAGCUGCUGCAUCUAAGGCAGCUGAAGCUGCGAGAGCUGCUGCUGAGGAGAAAGCUUCUGUUGCUGCAAAAGCAGUAGCUGCUGCUAAGAGUGCCCUGGAUUUGGUUGCAUCUAUAUCCGAGGAGACGAGCAUCAAGGGUAAGCACCAAAAGAAAAAUAAGCUCAAGAAGCACGUCCCUGUUCAACUCUUGUACAAAAAGUACCAACCAGUUGAGAACUGUGGGACUGAUGAAGAGCUAGCCAGGAGACUGCAUCGUGCUAUAAACAGCUCCCCGCGAAUUUCUAAACAUUCUCCAGGGUCGGACUCUAAGAAUCAUAAGCGCAAGAAGCUCAAAAUCUCACCACCCACUGAGAAAAGCGGCAUUGCUAAUUGUAAUGGGGAUGUUACCGAGGGAGGUAUGGACUGUGAAGGGUCUAAUGAAGAGCCUCUUACUGUUAAACUUGAUGAUAAGAUGUUAAAAUCUACUAAGCCUGAUGAGGUCGAGGUGAACAGUGUUGAGGCCGAAUCAAGUCACUCCAAGGAGAAAACCUUUGAAGCAUCAGAUGAUGUAUGUAUUAACGGUAGAAAGAGAGGUCGAAUCAAGCAAAAAAAAUUACCUUUAAGCAUAUGUAGCUCAAAGGAUCAAGCAAACCCUAAAGAUCACAUUCUGACAAACUCAUUGUUAACUAGGGCUAAAACUGAUAGAUCAGCGGUCCGUCAUGUAUCUUUGCUCUCUUUGGAGCCUCCUGCAGAAAAUGUUACACCUGUUGAGGUUGGACCAACUUGGAAGUGCCAGGAUUUCAAAGUUUCCCAGUGCCUUAAUCAAGACAAAGUUGUGCAUUCUUAAUGAUAUUUGUCGACAUGUCGCCACCAUGAUGGAGCGUCCGUCCCAGCCGAGGUAGAGUUGCAUCAUGAUCUUCUUGUAGAAAGAGUCUUAUUUAUGAUUAUAGUGUAUCUUUUUGCUUGUUGCAUUGUAUGGGCUUGUUGAGAACAAUGUAUAUUUUUACUGUUCAGUUUCUCAUAUCGAUGUGUGAUAUAGAAUAGGUGUUGCAAUAAUGUGUAGUGCCUUCGCUGCUACACGGAAUACGUGCUUUCACUUUGUAGAUGUAGGUCUAGAUGUACAAGAGAGUACAAUGUAUGAUCUUCUGGUAAUUAUUCAAUGAAUGAUUCAAUUUCUCCCUCAAAAUAUUAUGCUUUUUCACUAGUAAAGUAUAUCCUUUUCCAUA